AUGCUAGCCACUUUAGCCGCCUUUGUGGCCAAGCAGGCGGUUGUCGAAGGUGCAAAAGUGCUUCUAGGAAGGGAGGUACCUGAUGACGACGAAAUUCCCGAUGUCACGACGCCCGACCCCGAGGAAGAUGCUGAUCCGGUAACAGAGGAGAUGUUUUCGCUGUGGGCGCUAUUCAUCCUUCUAUUUCUUUUAUGCCUGGCGUUGUGGCUGUCGUACUACCUUCAGCAGAGAAGGAUCAAGGCCAUUCACGAAACGGUUUUGUCGAUUCUCUACGGAAUGGUGGUGGGUUUGAUUAUCAGAGUCGCUCCGGGUCACUACAUCCAAGAUGCCGUGAAGUUCAAGUCCGGCUACUUCUUUAACAUCCUUUUGCCCCCCAUUAUCCUCAAUUCGGGCUACGAACUACAUCAGGCGAACUUUUUUCGAAACAUCGGCUCCAUCUUGACCUUCGCUAUCCCUGGAACGUUUAUAUCUGCAAUGGUUCUUGGCGUGAUCUUGUACAUUUGGACAGCAUUGGGCGUGGACGGCGUCAAGCUCGAGUUUGUGGAUACUUUGGCCGUGGGCGCCACCUUAUCGGCUACCGAUCCCGUCACAAUCUUGUCGAUUUUCAAUGCCUACAAGGUGGACCCUAAGCUUUACACGAUCAUUUUCGGCGAGUCGCUUUUGAACGACGCCAUCUCCAUUGUCAUGUUCGAAACGUGCCAGAAGUUUCACGGCAAGAAAGUCACUUUUUCCUCGUUCUUCGAAGGUGUGGCCUUAUUCUUGAUGACAUUCACUAUAUCCACUUUCAUAGGCAUUGCCAUUGGUAUUAUCGUCGCCUUGAUCUUGAAACACUCCCACAUCCGCCGCUACCCGCAGAUCGAAACAUGCUUGGUUUUGCUUUUCGCCUACCAGUCGUACUUCUUCUCGAACGGUGCUCACAUGUCCGGUAUUGUCUCGUUGCUUUUCUGCGGUAUCACUUUAAAACACUACGCCUACUUCAACAUGUCGAGACGCACGCAAAUCGCCACAAAGUACAUUUUUCAGUUCCUUGCCCAGCUAUCAGAGAACUUCAUCUUUAUCUACUUGGGUUUGUCCUUGUUUACUGAGGUUGAGUUGGUGUUCAAGCCCUUGUUGAUUAUCGUCACCUUCAUCUCGAUCUGUAUCGCUAGAUGGUGCGCCGUGUUCCCUCUCUCGAGGCUCUUGAACUUCUUGUACCGUUCAAGAUUCGAGCGUUUUAGCAGAAACACCGUCAUGUCAGGCGGAAUUCUGUCGCAGUCACAACCCGAGGAUAUCAGUCAUUCUUACCAAAUGAUGAUUUUCUGGGCCGGCUUGAGAGGAGCUGUUGGUGUGGCAUUGGCGUUAGGUAUCCAGGGUGAGGCCAAAUGGGCCCUUCUAGCUACAGUAUUGGUCGUGGUGGUGCUUACUGUCAUCUUUUUCGGAGGCACCACCGCUUCUAUGCUUGAGAUCUUGGGUAUCAAGGUCGGGUGCGUCGAGGAAAACGAUUCAGACGACGAAUUUGAUAUUGAAGCUCCCCGCGUGACACUUGAUUCAACUCCAAACGUCAAUCUCAUGGGCAACAGGCGUUAUGGAAACGGCACAUACUCCGACACCAACACCAGCACAAACUACAGAAACACAAGCAAUACCAGUCUCCCGUACAUCAAGGGAUCGAGCCAUAGCUCGCGGAAUAACUCCACCCCAGAACUACCCACCCUUGAUGAUGAUUUGAACGGUAGUGAUGCUGAUGAUGUUUUCAAUGCUGGUACUAGAAACGCCGAUACUGCUCAUGCCACUACCGCAGCAGUUGCUCAGCAACAAACGAAUGGACUCUUAGGUGCUUUCCUCAGUGCCGAGGAGCACGCUAAGUGGUUUACUAAAUUCGACGAAGAGGUGUUGAAGCCGGUGCUUCUUGACAAAUCGCCAGGCCAAAACAACGACGACGAAUCCAACGUAUAA